AUGUCGCCACUACUACGUCUUCGAUUUUUGCUUUUAAUAUGCGUGGGAAUGAUUUUCUUCUACAUCUUUUGGCCCGAAAACUUUCAUGCGUACCAACAAAAUCCUUGCCCCCAACCAACCACCGGAAAAAACUCAGCACCUGGACCUUUGGUUGAUUCAACGAGAUCCACCAUCAUAACUGAUCAGUUCGGCUCGUAUAAAGAAUAUCUUAACGCAAAAGGUUAUAUAACUUUUCUCAGCAUAUUAAAAAAACAACAUCAAGCGAUGGUCGCAAAUCUUGUCAGAAGCGCAAAUAAUGCGGUCGCAAAUAAUAGUGUUUACUCGGUAACAUUAAAACCACAAUUAGCACCAUCUGGCGAUAAACAUGAUUACAUGUCACUGGGUAGAUACUUUUGGCCAGAUCCAAAGAAACCUGAUGGUUUACCAUACAUCCGUAAAGACGGUUAUGCCAAUCCUGAAUUUUUUACCGUCACUGAUUAUGUAUAUUUAAGGCAAAUGUUUAGGGAGGUUCAGGAUCUCGGAUUUGCAUACUUCUUUACCCGUAACGAAACGUAUGUGAUCAAGGCAAUGCAUCGAAUACGAGAAUGGUUCUUGGAUCCAGAUACAAAAAUGAAUCCAAAUCUGAAUUACGCCGGAUUCAGAAAAGGAGAAACCAUGGGAUGGAAAACCGGCGUUCUAGACUUCCAUCAAGUAUAUAGGAUGUUACAGGCCAUUCCCUUGAUGAGAUAUUCUCACCUGUGGGAUCUGAGCAUUGAAGUUGGUUUAAAGGCAUGGUUGACUGAUUAUUACAAUUGGUUCACUACUUCUAAAAUGGGGAGAGGAGAGGGUAAGUCAAAAAACAACCAUGGUACAUAUUAUGACGUACAAGCUUUGUUCCUACUGGAUUACCUUGGUCGUCAUGAAGAAGCAAAAAAAUUUGCGCUUCAAGCAAUAAAAAAUCGCGUCGACAAAGGCAUCCUCCCAACCGGCCAACAGCAUCACGAGACACUGCGGCCUACCAGUUGGUUUUAUUCUAUUUUUAAUUUGCAAGGAUUAUUUCUUCUCGCAGAGAGAGCUGAUCAUUACGAUAUUGAUGGUUGGAAUUACGUGGGACCCGAAGGUCAAAGCAUUAAAAAGGCGGUCGAUUUCUUGCUACCCUAUGCACUCAAUGACGGUGAAGGCUGGCCAGUAAAAAAUAUAAAAGGCUUUGAGGUGAACACAUACGUUAAAUUAUUAGAAUUGUCGUAUAUUAUUUAUGGUGACGAUAAAUACCUUGAAGCUGUUGAAGAACUGAGGCCAAAGGCCAAAGCGGAACAGGCAGCCGGACUUAAAUUAGCUAAAUGGGAGGACAAUUACCUAUGUGAUAUAGCCUUAAUGUCUAAUCGAUUACUUUGGUCUUGUAUGUAA